GCUUUGGCCAUUGAAAUCAGACUGGUGGCCGCUCUCAUGCUUCUCUCUGCUUCUAGUAUACGUGUACGAUUUAUUAGAGAAGAGAAAGCCACGGAAGUUGUGUCGAGUCCUUUAUCUUUUAACGCUAAAUAUUUGUAAGCGCGUCUAGCAUUUAGAUAUGGCUGUUAUUACCAAUAUACAAGAGGUCCGUGAGAUCACAAAAAUAGAGCGUAUUGGUGCUCAUUCUCACAUUAGAGGCUUAGGACUCAAUGACAGUUUGGAACCACGUCAUGUAUCUCAAGGCAUGGUCGGUCAGCUUAUGGCACGUCGUGCAGCUGGUGUCACUUUAGAGAUGAUCAAGGAUGGAAAAAUAGCAGGUCGUGCAGUGCUGCUGGCUGGACAACCUGGCACAGGAAAGACAGCUAUCGCCAUGGGAAUGGCACAGGCUUUGGGGCCAGACACUCCUUUCACAUCGAUGGCUGGUUCUGAGAUCUAUUCCCUGGAAAUGAGCAAGACAGAGGCUCUGACUCAAGCGAUCAGAAAAUCCAUUGGUGUGAGAAUCAAAGAAGAAACGGAGAUCAUAGAAGGCGAAGUCGUGGAGAUUCAAGUUGACAGACCAGCGACAGGUGUUGGUGUUAAAGUCGGCAAAUUGACGCUAAAGACUACUGAAAUGGAGACGAUCUACGAUUUAGGGAACAAAAUGAUCGACAGUCUGAUGAAGGAGAAAGUACAAGCUGGCGACGUUAUAACGAUUGACAAAGCAACGGGAAAGAUCAAUAGACUAGGACGAUCCUUCACAAGAGCGCGAGACUACGACGCUACCGGCUCGCAAACGCGCUUCGUGCAGUGCCCCGAGGGAGAGCUGCAAAAGCGUAAGGAAGUGGUGCAUACCGUAACUCUGCACGAGGUCGACGUGAUAAACAGCAGAACUCACGGAUUCCUGGCGUUGUUUUCCGGAGACACCGGCGAGAUCAAAUCGGAGGUGCGAGAUCAGAUCAAUGGUAAGGUGGCUGAAUGGCGGGAGGAAGGUAAAGCGGAGAUCGUGCCCGGUGUACUCUUCAUUGACGAAGUUCAUAUGCUGGACAUUGAGUGCUUCUCGUUCCUCAAUCGAGCGUUAGAGAACGAAAUGGCUCCCGUUGUGAUCAUGGCGACUAACAGAGGUAUCACGAGAAUCAGAGGAACAAAUUACAAAAGUCCUCACGGUAUUCCGAUCGAUCUGUUAGAUCGUAUGAUUAUCGUUCCGACUAGUCCGUACCAAGAGAAGGAACUGAAAGAGAUCCUAAAGAUACGGUGCGAAGAGGAAGACUGCGAAAUGGCGGAUGACGCUCUGACCGUGCUGACGAGGAUCGCUCUCGAAACGUCAUUAAGAUACGCGAUACAAUUGAUCACGACCGCCUCGCUAGUCAGUCGCCGAAGGAAGGGCACAGAGGUCAGCAUCGAUGACGUGAAACGUGUCUACUCUUUGUUCAUCGAUGAAAACAGGUCCACGCAAUUUCUCAAGGAAUAUCAGGACGAUUUUAUGUUUAAUGAGUUCUAUGAAGAGUCUAUGGAUACUUCGCAAUAAUAUGUUGCGGGAAUAUAUGAAGAUCACAUCCAGGCGUUGACAUCCUCGUGACUCCCAUGUUUAUUAAUGUACAAUUAUCUCGGAUCGAAUGACACGAGUCCAGUUACAAUAAUUAAUUUUUCCACUAAUCAUGAAGAUAAUCAAAAAAAGAAAAAUCCCUACGCUAUUUAUACAAAUUAACAAAUUUACUUGUCAUUACAAUCAGUAUUAUUUACGUUAAUUGUAUAUUAACAACAUUGGGUCAAGAAUAAAUAUACUUUGUUAUUUA